UCACCGAAGCAGGUCGUUUCUGAAAUGCCUCUGGGUGUGGAGAUCGCAGGGCGCGUGACCCGCACGCCGAAGCUUUAGAGAGUGAGAGGGAGAGAAAGAGGGAGAAGGAAAUGAGGGGAAGAGGAGACGGAAAAGAAGGCAGCGGCGGCGAUCCUCACUGGAGGGGGGCCGGCAGUGAUGGGGGAAGGAGGAGGCGGAUGGGGGAUUUCGAGAGGGAUCUGGUGGCGGGGGCGGUGAUGGGUGCCGUGGUGCACACGGUGGUGGCGCCGAUCGAGCGGGCGAAGCUGCUGCUCCAGACGCAGGAGAGCAACGCCGCCCUGCUCGGCCACGCGCGGCGGCGGCGCUUCCGGGGGAUGGUCGACUGCAUCGCCCGCACCGUCCGGGAGGAGGGCGUCCUCUCUCUCUGGCGCGGUAAUGGUACCAGCGUCCUCCGCUAUUACCCUUCCGUCGCCCUCAACUUCUCCCUCAAGGAUCUGUACAGAACAACGUUGAAGGGUAGAGAAGCAUCAGUAGAUGGGCGUUUCACGUCGGUCGCAGCUGCCAACUUCAUGGCGGGGGCUGCAGCUGGAUGCACAACCCUCGCCAUCAUCUAUCCGCUGGACAUUGCCCACACCCGCCUUGCAGCUGACAUUGGCAGGACGGACUCCCGCCAAUUCAAGGGCAUCUGCCACUUCCUCCACACGAUCCACCAGAAAGAUGGCAUGAGGGGCAUCUACCGGGGCCUACCGGCCUCACUCCAAGGGAUGAUUGUCCAUCGGGGCCUGUACUUUGGAGGCUUUGACACAGCUAAAGAUUUUUUGGUGUCCGAGGACUCUGCACUGUGGAAGCGUUGGGUGACGGCCCAAGCAGUCACAACCAUGGCAGGGCUCGUCUCCUACCCGCUGGAUACCGUACGGAGGAGAAUGAUGAUGCAGUCUGGAAUGGAGAAACCAAUGUACCAUAGCACUCUCGAUUGUUGGAGGAAGAUAUAUAGGACGGAGGGCCUGGCUUCCUUUUACCGUGGAGCAGUAUCUAACAUGUUCCGAAGCACUGGAGCAGCUGCUAUACUGGUUUUAUAUGACGAGGUGAAGAAGUUCAUGAGCUGGGGUGGACUGUGAUAAGAAAAUAAAUUCUCUAACAACGUUUUCCAAACUGACAGGAGCCAGAAUACAAGAGAAGAAGAGCAGAUGAAGGUUUUCUCGGAUAUAGAUUAGGUCGGGGGUAGAUCAUUUUGUAACAGGAAAAUUCGAUUUUUUUUUUCCUUUGUUCGCUGAUGGAGUGGUGUAUACCGUGUUUUUUGACAAGAUAUUCCUCCUCAUUUCAAAGCUUCUUCUAUACUUCAACAAGAUAUGCAUCCUCAUUUCAAAGGAGAAUCAAAAUGCAAGAAAUUUUAUUUUAAUUAGGUCAGCGAAUACCUGUCGGGCAAGACUGGUAAAAAAUACGUGUUCUGUAGCUCCAGGACUUGGAAAACAUGCUCGGUUCCAGGGUGCAUGAGCAUCCGCAUCAACUCAAGAUGAGGGAGAUGCUUCACGUCAGUGUGUUUUUGGGUUUCUAGCACGACGAGGCUUUGUGUAACAGCCGGUACAAGAUCCGGAGACUGAAACCUUGAUUAGGAGAGCAUAAUUCUAAGAAUAUUUGGAUGAUUGGAUGCUAUGACGAGCAUAAUAUUAGAAAGCAGGAUGGAGCCGUUACCAGUUGGAGCUUACCAACAAAAAUAAAAAAAAAUAAAAAUGUCAAACUUUGUGCCCAUGCAGUUGUAAAUUUUUUGGCUUUAUUAUCCAAUGACCUACGCGUGCCCUCAUCAGCAUUAAUGUCCUCAUCCACAUUAUAUGCCACAAACAUCCGGCCAGCCUUAUUCGCCACUCCUAACACAGAUGAUUGGUGGCCCGAACCGCCCGAUCAACCACACGAUACCUUGGCUUGCUCUGUGCGGCUCAAGAGCACUGUAUUCGAUUUAAAGUUAUACUUCUGUCUUGUAAAACAAGAAAAAUCUCGACUAUUAACUAUCACAAAGCACAUAUUCAGACAGGAACACCAUUGGCAGAACUUUUUUUCAGUCCCGAAUCAUUAACGACUAUGAGAAUAAAAUGCAUCAUACAGGCGCUGAACGUGGUGUGACCCUUAUCUUACCCCAGCGGAGGGGUAUUCUCACAGAUUUUCAGACGCCCCAUCCGCAGAACCCAGAAAAAAAAUGGAAUAA